UACUCCUCUCCUCCCCCUCCACCAGGGACCAAGGAGGUUUUCAGCACUUGCCACGGCAGCUCGCGAUGGACAGCACCACAAAGACUCAGUGAUCCCUCACAUCGCCCAGACGCUUGACAGAAACCACAGCUGACAGGCAAUCUCAGCAGUCAGUAGGGGCAUCUAGAGAAAGUGGAAAAGUGAGACAGAGAGAGAGAAAGAAAGAAAAGAAAGCACAACUGCUUGGUGGACUACCCCUUAAAAAUAACUAAGGUUUUGAAUCUGCCCAAACAGGCAUUUUCUUUUACAUAUCUCUUGUUGCUCUAAAAAGAGAAUCUGCACAAUGGAAGAAGACAUGGAUGAGGGACAGACCCAGAAAGGAUGCCUUGAAUGCUGCAUCAAAUGCCUGGGCGGGAUCCCAUACCCAUCUCUUAUAGCCACCAUCUUGCUGUACGCGGGCGUGGCUCUGUUCUGCGGCUGCGGACAUGAGGCCCUGUCUGGCACUGUCACCAUCCUCCAGAACUACUUUGAGGUGGUGCGGAGCCCUGUGGAUGCACUGGACGUCUUCACCAUGAUUGACAUUAUCAAGUACGUGAUCUACGGCAUCGCUUCAGCCUUCUUCGUCUAUGGUAUCCUGCUGAUGGUGGAGGGCUUCUUCACCAGUGGAGCCAUUAAAGACCUGUAUGGAGACUUCAAGAUCACCACCUGUGGACGCUGCGUCAGCGCUUGGUUCAUCAUGCUGACAUACAUCUUCAUGCUGGCUUGGCUCGGAGUGACUGCUUUCACCUCCCUCCCCGUCUUUAUUUAUUUCAACAUCUGGAAUAUUUGCCAAAAUGCCACCGUACUGGAGGGGGCCACACUCUGCCUGGACCCACGCCAGUAUGGUAUUGUGCCAAUUGCUGAGGCCAAAACAGUGUGUGCUGGAUCAGAGAAAUUCUACAAGAUGUGUGAAUCCAACGAGCUGGAUAUGACGUUCCACCUGUUCAUCUGUGCCCUCGCUGGAGCAGGAGCUGCUGUUAUUGCCAUGAUCCACUACUUGAUGGUGCUUUCUGCCAACUGGGCCUACGUGAAAGACGCCUGCCGGAUGCAGAAGUACGAGGACAUCAAGUCAAAGGAGGAGCAGGAACUUCACGACAUCCACUCCACUCGCUCCAAGGAGCGUCUCAACGCCUACACAUAAAGACCAGCGUGAGGCCUGGCCCUGCCACUCCGGCCUCUCUCCCUCUCUCUCUCUUCUGUCUUUCUAUCUGUCUCUCUACCAUCCCCUCCCGAGGGGGGGCGGAUGGCGCCUAGGGCCCUCGCCACUGCUGAUGUCACUGGUGCGUCAUAUGACAAUGUGGUCUGGGGAGGGGGGGACAUCACACAAACCUCCUCAGUCACAAACAGCAUUUCAGAUGAAAAAAAAGCCCCUUUACCUCUCUCAUGGAUGGUGUUAUGAUUCUCAUUAUGGCAGUUAUAUUAUUCUUGAUACAAGUCGUUCAGUGCUGACAGUAGUUCUAGUGUAGUCGGUAGAAUCAGAAGUAGCAGUAGUAUUUCAGUUUUGUUUUUUUUUUCUUUGAAUAAUUUGCGUAUAGUUGUUUUAUUUUUCUUAUUUUUUUAUUUGAUGCGACGUGUCAUUUUGCUCUCGUGCAUAAU